AUGUCCACGCCGAGGUUCAAAAAGGAUAAAGAGAUUAUCGCGGACUAUGAGAGUCAAGUAAAAGAGAUCCGGGCGCAGUUGGUGGAGCAGCAGAAAUGUCUGGACCAGCAGACAGAGAUGAGGGUCCAGCUCCUGCAGGACCUUCAGGACUUCUUCAGGAAGAAGUCCGAGAUCGAGAUGGAAUACUCUCGGAAUCUGGAGAAACUGGCUGAGCGCUUUAUGGCAAAAACACGGAGCACGAAGGAUCACCAACAGUACAAGAAAGACCAGAACCUGCUCUCGCCGGUGAACUGCUGGUACCUGCUGCUGAACCAGGUGCGGAGGGAGAGCAAAGACCACGCCACGCUCAGCGACAUCUACCUCAACAACGUCAUCAUGCGGUUCAUGCAGAUCAGCGAGGACUCCACGCGGCUGCUGAAGAAGAGCAAAGAAAUUGCCUUUCAGCUUCAGGAAGACUUGAUGAAGGUCCUGAAUGAGCUCUACACUGUAAUGAAGACCUACCACAUGUACCACUCGGAAAGUAUCAGCUCGGAGAGUAAACUGAAGGAGGCGGAGAAGCAGGAGGGGAAGCAGAUCGGUAGAGGAGACCCGGUCUUCAGCAUCAGGAUGGAGGACAAGUACCAGCGCCGCAGCUCGGUCAAGAAGAUCGAGAAGAUGAGAGAAAAGCGCCAAGCCAAGUACUCGGAGAACAAACUCAAGUCCAUCAAAGCGCGGAACGAGUACCUGCUGACGCUAGAAGCCUCCAACGCCUCCAUCUUCAAAUACUACAUCCACGACCUGUCAGACUUAAUUGAUGAACGACUCGCUUCUGUAACGAGAUCGAGUUAUAAGUAUAGAGCAGGGCAAAGCCGAGCACAGGAGUUCGAGAAGUAUGAAAGGGACUUCGAGCAGCGGGCGGCGGGAGGGAGAUUACAGAGCGGGGUGGAUUAA